AUGUCGAUACAAAUGGAUCCGACGAAGAAGCGUAAGCUCGAUGAAAACGGCAUCGUAUCAUCCACCACCGACGUAGACUCUCUCUACAAACUGACCCCUCAAGACGCCCGCAAGAUGAUGGAACGCUUCACACCAGACCAACUCCUCGAUAUUCUUCAAAACGCCCUCGUCCGCCACCCAGACGUCCUUGAUGCCGUACGAUCCAUCGCAGACCCCGAUGCCACGCAACGGAAGCUCUUUAUCCGCGGCCUUGGCUGGGAAACAACAACGGAAAAUCUUCGUAAUCUCUUCUCUACUUACGGCGAAUUAGAAGAAGCGGUUGUAAUCCUCGAUAAAAACACCGGAAAGUCGAAAGGUUACGGCUUUGUUAUCUAUAAGCAUGUGGAUGGUGCGUUAUUGGCUUUGAAAGAGCCUAGUAAGAAAAUUGAUGGGCGCGUGACAGUCACUCAGUUAGCGAUAGCAGGGAAUUCUGGUGCCAAUAAUAACAAUUCCGCCGCGAAUCCUGGCGUUGCUGAUGUAGCAAUGCGGAAGAUUUAUGUAGCUAAUGUACCGUAUGAAAUGCCGGCCGAUAAGUUGUUGAAUCUUUUUGCGCAGUAUGGGGAGAUCGAGGAAGGUCCGUUAGGUUUUGAUAAGCAGACAGGGAAAUCAAAAGGGUUUGCGCUUUUCGUUUAUAAGACGGCAGAAGGAGCGCAGGCAGCUUUAUUAGAGCCGGUGAAGAUGAUUGAAGGGAGGCAGUUGAACUGUAAGUUAGCAAUCGAUGGCAAAAGAGGGAGGCAGCCUGGUGGUGGCCCAGGACAGGGGCAAGAUGGAUUGCAAGGACAAGUGCCGGGUGGGAAUGUGCAUGGAGAUGGUGGAUUGGGGAUGGUGCCGCAGACAGGUUAUGCUGGGCCAGGUGGAUAUGGUUCUUAUGGUGGUGGGUUUUCCAGUGGUGUGCCGCCAAUGGGUGGUCAUCAGCAGCAGCACCAUCAUCCUGCUGCUCCUUUGAAUACUUCAAUGGUUGGGCCAGGGUUGGGGUCUCAGGGGGUAAGUAGUUUGAGUGGUACUGGGGGUAGUGGUUAUGGUGCACCUUACGGUGGGUAUGGUGGACCAGGUUCUACAGGAUAUGGUGGGUUAGGUGCUGCUGGUGGUGCUGCCGGUGUUGGUGCUUCUGGCAGUGCUUCUUCAUUGUAUAGGUUGCCGCCGACUUCAGUUGGAAUGCCUACUGGUGGAUAUCCAGAACCUGGGCAGUAUAGCUUGUCAUCAUCAAAUGCUUCAUUUCCAACUCAGCAUCAGGGAGCAUCCCCUGUUCCAAGGGUUCCACCUGGGGGAAUGUAUCCAAAUUUGCCUCCUUACUAUUAA